AUGCUGAAUUCCAAAAAGCGCCAGGACUCCAAUGCCAUCAUCACAGUUCACCAGUUCUCCAUUGCAAUGGCCACGACGGAGACUCUACUAGAGAGCGACGGCUUCGUGCUCGUGUCGCACGCAGAUGCGGUCGAGCUGGGCAGCAGAGAGGCCAGAGAGGCCAGGGAGGUAUCCGGCCGGUCGGCCUCACCGCCACGGUAUCUCGCCGCAAUCUCGGCGUGUGUCGACCAGGCCAGCGCGUCUCUGUGGCCGCUCAAUCGGCAUAUCCACGACCACCCGGAGCUGGCCUUUCACGAAUUCGAGGCGCACCGACGGCUGACGGCCUUUUACGAAGGGCGCGCCAUCGGCAGCGGCAACCACAGCGCACGCUGGACGGUCACGCGAGAGGCCUAUGGUAUGCGCACAGCUUGGGUGGCCGUCUACGAUAGCGGGCGAGCUGGGCCGGUCGUCUCGUUCAACGUCGAGAUGGACGCGCUACCCGGCGUCGGCCACGCCUGCGGCCACAACCUGAUUGCCACGGCGUCUGUGGCCGGCAGCCUGGCGACAGCCGAGGUGAUGUGGCAGCAUCGUCUCGGAGGAAAGAUUGUCGUCUUUGGAACCCCGGCCGAAGAGGAUGGCGGUGGCAAGGUCUGCCUCCUCGAAGCCGGCGCCUACCGUGAGCAUGGCGCAGACGUGUCGCUCAUCACGCACCCAAGCACGACGACGCCCAGCGCCAUGAUGCGCACGACAGCCAUCACCAACUUCAUGGCCUCGUACGAGGGCCGGGCAGCCCAUGCGGCCGCGUCGCCGUGGCAGGGUGUCAACGCGCUGGACGCUCUCGUGCAGGCGUACACGGGCCUCUCAAUGCUGCGACAGCAGACGGCGCCGGGCGACAUCAUCCAGGGCCGCAUCACCGACGGCGGCGCAGCCACCAACAUCAUCCACGAGCACGCGGCCGGCGAGUUCGCCGUGCGAGCACCCUCGAAGCGUCGCCUCGCUGAGCUGCGCCAAAAGGUUGACGGUUGCUUCCGUGCUGGUGCCGAGGCUACUGGCGCCCGUUUGACGCUUGAUGAACGCGGCGGCUACGCCGAUCACAUCCCCAACCGGCUGCUGGCCUGCGCGUAUUCACGUUACUGGAACGAACUCGUGCGCCAGGACCCUGCCGUCCCGGACGACGAGCACAUCCCCGACAAUCUCGACGUCGACGACGCCCGUGGAAGGACUCUUGCCAGUACCGAUCAGGGCGACGUCAGCUACGCGAUGCCCAGCCUCAGCGCCGGCUUCCGCAUUCCGUCUAUCCCCAUCGACGGCAGCAGUCGUCCUGGUGGUGGCCCCCACACUGUCGACUUUGAGCGCGCUGCAGGCACGCGCAUCGCCUUUGAACAUGCCUUGCGUGCUGGCAAGGGCCUUGCGGGCACAGCCCUGGAUGUGCUCACCGUCGACGGCCUCCUCGACCAGGUCAAGCGGGCUUGGAAGGAGGACAUGGAAGAUGCAAUGGUGUGCUGA